CAAAGCUCUGCAUGCAUGAGUCACAGUAAACAGACUCUUGUUCUCACAGGAAGAGCAGACAGAAACACUCUACUCUGCCUUCAGGCAAAACCCCGAGUCUGUCAAGAGCUUUAGAAGAAGAAUGGAGACCUCAGAAGAACACUAUUACGACUACCCUGAGUACGAAAACAACAGCUCCAACUUCAGCUACAAUGACUAUCAAACCAUCUGUGAGAAGGGCGACGUGCGCGCCUUCGCGAGGAUCUUCCUCCCAGCUGUUUUUGUGUUAUCUCUAGUGAUUGGUUUAGCAGGCAACGCUCUGGUUGUGGCGGUGUAUGCAUACUGCAAGCAACUGAAAACUUUGACUGACACAUUUAUACUUCACCUGGCUGUGGCAGACCUGUUGCUGCUCCUAACGUUGCCCUUCUGGGCUGCCGAUGCCAUCCACGGCUGGGAACUGGGGGUCACCGUCUGUAAACUCGUAUCUGCCCUCUACACCAUCAACUUCACCUGCAGCAUGAUGCUGCUGGCCCACAUCAGCAUGGAUCAGUACUUGGCUUUGACGCCAGGAGCCAGAAGCACAGGCGUUACGUGUGCUUUUCAAAAGAAGCAUUGUAAAAAACUCUGUUUGGUGGUCUGGACCAUUGCUUUUUUCCUUGGCGUCCCUGAUUUGGUGUUUUCAACUGUCAGAGAGCUUCCUCAUAAAAAAAGCUGCAUCGCAAUGUAUCCAUCGGACAUGGCUCUCAAGGCUAAAGCUAGUUUGGAAGUGGUGGAGGUCGUAAUAGGCUUCUUGCUACCUUUAUUAGUGAUGUUGUUCUGCUACACCUGUGUAGGCCGAGCCCUACUGAAGCUGCCUCAGGAAAGGAGAUGGAGGAAGUGGAGGUCCAUCCGUGUACUGCUGGUGAUGGUGGGAGUCUUUGUGGUCACACAGCUGCCCUACAACGUGGUCAAGUUCUGCAGGGCCAUGGACAUCAUGUACACGUUUGUGACUCACUGUGGGGUUAGUAAAGAGCUGGACAGGGCUACUCAGGUCACUGAGAGCCUGGCACUGACACACUGCUGUCUAAAUCCUGUUCUGUACACUUUUGUCGGUUCCUCCUUCAGACAGUAUGUAUUGAAGUGUGCCAAAGACUUUGGAGACAGGGGGAGGAGGUUGGCACGUGCGAGAGAGCAACAAGAAGUGGAUAUCUCCUUGAAUUCUCAUUCACAGUCCCAAGAGACCAGCACUUUUUCCAUUUGAGCAAACUAGAGUAUGUUCACCAGCCUGUGGAGCUUUGCACCAUCUGUCCCUUUCCAAAUUAUGUACAUAAAGUGAAAGCGCAGGGAUUUAUUUCUUAGUCAAGGCAUAAGGUAGUAUUUUGACCAGAAGAGUAAAAUUGUAAUCGAAGUAAAAGCUUAGAUGCAAAAUGUCGAUAGUAGCGUUUGUACAAUGUCCCUUUUCUAUAGUCUUUGGUUUGUAUGAAACGAACAGAAAAAGAACAAGUCCGCGGAGUGAUACGAGAGAUAGCCUAUGUAAAUAGCGCCGGACAAUUAGCGGAUUGACGUUGAGUUCAAGUCCUGCUUAACGCAUUACAGGUGACUUCAGAAAAGGUCGAAGCAAGAUGGCAAUGUCGCAUGGCUUUUACUUUAUAUAUAAUACAUAUACAGUGGGUAUGGAAAGUAUUCAGACCCCCUUAAAUUUUUCACUCUUUGUUAUAUUGCAGCCAUUUGCUAAAAUCAUUUAAGUUCAUUUUUUUUCCUCAUUAAUGUACACACAGCACCCCAUAUU